GGCCUUCUUCCGAGAUAUGUUGAUAUGCAGUCUAUUUUACAUGCGCGAUCGCCGCCGGUGCAGUGCGGAUGUGAUAUAAAGAAUCGACAUUUGACAUUACAUGUCUUCCCAGAGUUCCGUACGUGAAGCCAUAUUGCAAUACACACUAAUGAAGUGACGAAACUUGGAAGUGAAAACAAAGUAGAAUUCGCUCAACUUUUGUCUCAAAAUUGUUAUUCUGAAUGUGAUGCAUGCCUCUCUCAAGCAAAGAAAAGAUUGCCUCAUGCAAGACCACCCUGGAGGCGAACACGCGAAAGCGUAGAGCGUCUGAUAACAAUCACCUCCACACGAAGAGAGCCAGGGAAGAUCUCGGCACCGGCGAACACAGGCAGUCGUCGGAGGGCAAAAACAUGGGUGAAGCGACGCCCAAAAGAGCGAACUUUUCUGCAUUAAAUCCGUCUAAUAACGGGUUCAAUAGCAGGUCAUCACCUCUUGUGAAUAACAAACCAGGGACCUCGAAAAAGCUUGUUAUAAAGAAUUUUAAAGUCAAGCCAGUCCUCCCAGCCAACUACCAGCAGCAGACAUGGGACAGACUCAAGGAGGCUGUCCAAGCCAUCCACAACAGCAGGCCCAUCAAGUACAGUCUCGAGGAACUCUACCAGGCAGUGGAAAACAUGUGCUCGCACAAGAUGUCUGCCUCCCUCUAUGACCAGCUCAAGGAAGUCUGUGAACAGCAUGUGGCGUCACAGACUAAACAGUUUACUAGUGAGAUGACGGAUAGCCUGACGUACCUGAAGCAACUAAAUACUUGUUGGCAGGAUCAUUGUAGGCAAAUGAUCAUGAUCCGGAGUAUAUUUCUGUUUCUGGAUAGGACGUAUGUAUUACAGAAUUCACUAGUAUCAUCACUUUGGGAUAUGGGGCUAGAUCUCUUUCGAUCUCACAUCAUAAGCAACAGGACUGUACAGAAUCGGACUGUAGAGGGCCUCUUGAUGCUUAUAGAGAACGAGAGGACGGGGGAUGUCGUUGAUCACAGUCUUCUCAAAAGUCUUCUUCGAAUGCUCUCAGAUCUACAGAUCUAUGAGGAAGCAUUCGAGAAGAGGUUCCUUGAAGCCACUCAGAUGCUUUAUGGUGCUGAAGGCCAGAGACUCGUCCAUGAGAGAGAGGUACCAGAGUAUCUCAUCCACGUUGACAAACGAUUAGAAGAAGAGGCGCAGAGAAUUCUACAUUAUUUAGACCACACAACUAGGAAACUUCUUAUUGCAUGUGUAGAAAAACAACUGCUAGAAGACCACAUUGGAACCAUUCUCCAGAAAGGUUUGGACAGUCUACUAGACGCCAAUCGGGUAGAUGAUCUUACGCUACUCUACAGACUGCUACAGAGGACAAAGAAUGGCCUCCUUGAUUUAUGUCAGUACUUCAGUGCUUUUAUCAAGAAAACCGGCACUACCAUAGUGAUAGACUCUGAGAAGGACAAGACGAUGGUCCAGGAACUCCUCGACUUCAAGGAAAAGCUGGACAACAUCCUGGAGACCUGCUUCGCCAAGAAUGAGAAGUUCUCCAUCUCCCUUAAAGAGUCCUUUGAGAAUUUCAUCAACAAAAGGCUCAACAAACCAGCUGAACUUGUCGCUAAGUAUGUUGACAACAAGCUCAGAGCCGGUAACAAGGAAGCUACAGAGGAAGAGCUUGAGAGACUCCUGGACAAGAUCAUGGUUCUAUUCAGGUUUAUCCACGGGAAAGAUGUUUUUGAAGCGUUCUACAAGAAAGACUUGGCCAAGAGACUACUAGUCGGAAAGAGUGCGUCAGUGGAUGCUGAAAAAUCCAUGCUGUCCAAACUCAAGCAAGAAUGUGGUGGUGCCUUCACGUCAAAGCUAGAAGGAAUGUUCAAAGAUAUGGAAUUAUCAAAGGACAUCAUGGUCGCAUUCAAACAGCAUAUGCAACACCAAUGUCAAACGACUGUAAUGGAUCUUAGUGUGAACAUCCUGACCAUGGGAUACUGGCCAACGUAUAAACCUCUGGAGAUUCAUCUACCGUCGGAGAUGGUUAAUCUUCAGGAGCAGUUCAAGCGGUUUUACCUUGGGAAGCACAGCGGUCGUAAGCUACAAUGGCAACCGAGUCUAGGUCACUGUCUGGUCAAGGCUCAGUUCAGAGAAGAGAGCUCAUCAGUGAAGGAGCUUCAAGUCUCACUCUACCAAACACUAGUCCUACUCCUCUUCAAUGAAGGAGACAACUUCUCACUAGAGGAUAUCAGACAAGCUACUAACAUAGAGGAUAGCGAGCUAAGGAGAACACUUCAGUCAUUAGCCUGUGGCAAGGCGAGAGUCAUCUUAAAACAACCAAAGGGUCGAGAGAUAGAGGAUGGCGACAAGUUUGCCUUUGCCAAAGAUUUCAAGCACAAACUCUUCAGAAUCAAGAUCAACCAGGUCCAGAUGAAAGAAACUGUGGAGGAGCAGGUAACUACCCAGGAGAGGGUGUUCCAGGAUCGACAGUACCAGAUUGACGCAGCUAUCGUCAGGAUUAUGAAGAUGCGCAAGUCGCUCAGUCACAACCUGCUCGUCUCCGAGCUCUACAACCAGCUAAGAUUUCCAGUCAAGCCGUCAGAUCUGAAGAAGAGAAUAGAGAGUCUUAUCGAUCGUGAUUACAUGGAGCGCGACAAGGACAACCCGAACCAGUAUCACUACGUAGCAUAAAACCAGCAAGACUUGUACAGAGACUACAAUUGUAAACCCCCCUAAGGGGGGCGUCUAGAUAGUGAGAAAAAAAAAGACAAUGAAACUACCAUGGUGGAUAGUCAGCUGUUUGUGAAAUGCCAAUUGUACUUGAAUUCUUGAUUUUUGAAGCUGAAUUUUGUCCUGCUGUGUGUCGACAGGUUUCUCCGCCCGUGGCUAUAUACCGGCGCUCGAAGCAAGCAGAAAGGAUCGCAAAGGUCUUGUCAACAGAAAUGAGAAAUGGUUUUAUUUUGUCUCAUCUUCUGUCACCAAUGACUAUUCUGAUGAUAAUAUUUUCAUCUGAUUGCACCGAGUUACUUGUUUCUUUAAAAGGAAUAUUUACUUGCAGCUAUUUAAUAGCGGGGAGGGAAGGGAUUGUACUUUCGAUGAUUAUCGUGUUUACUAAGUUUAUAAUUUAGAUAAGUAUACCCCAGUUUAAUUUUCUAAAAGGUUGUACACGGCUUGAGGAUUCUUAAGCUCCGCGCCCCAGUCUUUGUGGGGGAAGUUUAAACUACAAAUGAGUUUUGUCAGUAGCAGGUGUUGUUAAUCCGCCCCCCCCCCCUCUGCUGUGAGAUGGGUCCAAAUAACCCGGCUCUCUUUGGGUUAAACUACAAAUGAGUUUUCUCAGUAGCAGGUGUUGUUAAUCGCCCAGGGUGGAAUGGAGUGUUAUGGCUAAUAGAUGUCAUGUCAUACUUUAUAUCCUCCACACCUCACUUCACAUGGUUACAUCGUUAUCUCACAUCCAGCCUACCUUUCAAUGCCUCAAGCAGACCUGCCAACCAGUACGUUUUAGCCGUAUUUAGUACGUUUUUGCAACCAAAAUACGGCAGUACGUUUUUUCUUUGAAAAAUACGUUUUUUGUAAAACUAAAUCGUAAUUUAUUGAGAAAAAUAAUCUCUUUAUGUCUCUAUUUCAUAAAACGUGCACAAAUAUGGUUAUUAGAUCAAUGUAAUAUCAGGUAACUUUUUUUUUUCAAUAAUUUUGUUCAAACCAGGGUGAAGAUAUACACAUGUUUUAAUGUUUUUUUUUUCAUUUGCAAGAGCAGUGCGCAUUUUAGCUUGCAUGCAGCUUGAGCGCCGCGAUGAGCGAGUGCGCCAAGCAUUUUAUUAUGAAAUACACUUUUUUGGGGAAAAAUACAUUUUUUUAAAUCACAGAAUACAGUUUUUCAUUCCCUGAGGUUGGCAGGUCUGCUCAAGCAACACCAAGGAAUGUCGGUGGUGUGAUAUCUUAAUUUGCUGAGCCCAGCAAGUGCAACUAUAUUACAGGUAUUCCCAGUGCUUUUUGCAAUGUCUCGUUGCAGCUAAUAGUAAUCAAAUCCUCAGAUUAGCUCAAUACAGAGUACCUUCAAGCCCUGUUCACACAUGGGGCUUAUAACACAAAGCUUAGCAAUGAUCGCAGAUGGUUUUUCUACGAUUGAUUGCAUUGACUACAAUGUACAAUCAAUCGUGAAAAGCAAGCGUACAAGUAAUGGCUAACAUUUGUGUCAUGGGACCAUGGAUCAACACCAGGAAGCUGGGGGGUGUUUCACAAAUAUUAAGCGUGACUUAGAGUCACACUUAAAUACCGACGCGUACAUGAUAUGCCACGUGCAGUCUUAUUGAUCAACACGCAGCAGUGCGCGUCCUCUUAGCAUGAUCUGACCAAUGCGGUCAUGGCUUUUAUAACUAGGCAUUUAAGUGCGACUCUAAGUCAUAAUUAAAUCUUUGUGAAACACCCCCCCCCUGGUUUACAAAGAGUUAAGUGUAAUGUAAGGUCAUGCUUCAGCAGGGAUGUAGACAAGGCCGAUGCUUAAGAAAACCUUCUCCCGUAGACUUUGUACACGUGACUCGGCCCAAGGCUGGCAAAAUGUGGCCUCGAGACCGCCUUGACUACAUCCCUGUGCUCGAGAGCCAACUCGCAUGCGGUAUUAAUAUGUGUACUUUCUUUGAUGGUUAUGCAAUAAUGGGCAUUAACUGACAAAUGUGGAUCAAGGUAGCUGUGCUACAGCUGGGAUGCUAAUAACUUUAUCGUAUUAAGCAGGGCCCGCUGGGAGAACAGUUUUUAAAACUGAACUUGCUACAAAUUUUCAGUGUUUUUUUUUUCAAGAAAUCUUACUUUUCAUGCCUGUGUCAUUGAUUUUCUCUAUCUUACCUCCUCUGAGCCAAUCAGAUCCAAGGAUUUCAGCAGCUUAUAACAAAUGGUCAGGGAAAAUCACUAUUCUAGAUGAAUGAAAUUAUUCAAUUCAUUUUUCAAGUUUAAAUUUAACAUUAACCAUUAUGUAACUGGGGGGGGGGGGGUCAAUUUGACUCCCCCCUCGACAAAUUUUGCAACUACGUCACUGCUGAAAAUUAGCAUUCUACUAGCUAUUUAAAGUGAGUUAAAGGCAAAAAUGGACCCCAAAAAGUCAUUCAGGGCAAACUUCAUACACUUAUUUGCAUAAUUAUUUUGAAAAUAUAAACAAGUUUUUUACAUUUUUUUAUAUACAGUCUUGUAGUUUAUAUUUGACUCUACAUGCGGUCAACUUUUCGCGGUAAUCAUACAAUCAGUGGCCAAGAUCUGAAGCGGGGGGGGGGGGGGGGGGGGGGUUGUGCCAAAUUGAAUCCCUUCCCCCCAUGACACAUAGAGCUAUAUGAAUCAUCUUGACCCCAAAAUAUUGAUCUAUAAGCAACUAUUGUAAGAUAUGCUGAAUGACUGUGGUUUGUCUCCCUUUAUUUUUUUACCCCUCUUUAUUCAUUAUUAGUCAUUAUUCAUGAUCAACUUUGUUUAUAAUAUUGAUUUUUAGAAUGAUGUAAUUUUUGGGGAUGCUCUGUUCAUUCCUGAUCUAUGCUUGUAUUUUUUUUCAAUCUGAGAUUCAUAGCAAUUGCACCCUAUUACCCAAUUAUAUCUUUCCUCUAGAUAACCUGUCAAUUUUGCAAGAUGAUGAAAAAGUAUCAUUCAAAGUACCGAAUCAGUAAGGAAUUUCCUGAGCAUUUUACUUGGCUAAGCCAAAUGGUUACACCCAUAAUCACAUCACCUCUAAGCAAAAUCCUUAUACCUCAGUCAUAUUUUUUAUGGCGGCCGUAUGUCGAGUCGAAAACAGCCGUUUUAACAUUUUUUGUAAUGGUUACGUAUAGGUGGUUUGAAUAAAAAUGGAUAAAAUGUCUGUUUUCGACUCGCCGUAUUGCCGCCGUAGAGCAAAUGUGACCGAGGUCUUGCUAAUAACCAUCAUUUUGUCAUAAAAUCUAAGCCAAAUAAUUGAAACUUUAAAAAUGUCAAAACUUUGAUAUAUUACACCCGAUUUUGAUGACAUUUUCAGUGUAAUGCUUGUUGGAUUUUUCUGUUUUUUAUUCAAAACAAAUUUUUGUGGAGGUGGACUUGUCCUUUAAGUACUGAGUUGAAUACUGGCUGAGUUAGGCUCAUGCUCACACUUACAUGAUAUCCAUUUUAAAUAUAAACAAAUUAAUACUACUUCAUGUCCAGUUACAUCAAUGAACAAUACACCAGAUCAAUCAAAUCUAUUAGAGGGGUUCCCCAGGCUUAAAAUACUUCUAUCUGAAUAAAUAGACUGGAAUUCACUGAGCAGAAUGCUAAAAAAAAUCAAAAUCUGAUAACAAAUAAUGAAGUUAUGGAAUUUUCAAGUUGAGCAAUAUAUUUUUGAAAACAGUUAAAUGUAUAUGCACAUUGUCAUCAUAUUCAUUAGAUGGGUUGAUGAUGUCAUGUCCCUUCUUUUUGCUAUUACAUGAAAUCAUAAUUAUUUCACUUUUUCAAACAUGUGUGUAAGAUAUGUUCCCCUUAUUAAAAAAAAGUUGCAGCAAUGGAUAUCUCAUGCAUUCAAUCAGUUGUCCUAAUUCUUGGAGGACAAAAUUUGAAUAAAAAUAAUUGCAUUUAAUAAAA